GCCGUCGCCGCAGAGAGGGGCUGACGGCCGUCCUGUCAGGCCGAGGCGAGGCGGUUCAGUGUUCAGUGGACUUGCAGGCAGGCCCCAGGCAGCCCCGGUCAUUGCGGCGAUUGCGGCGCGACGAGCACCACAAUGGCCGACAUCAUGACAAGCACCGGCGCGGCCGUCAACAGCCGGCUCCCGCACGGCGCUGGGAUGCUGCAGGGGAAGGUGGCCGUCGUCACGGGUGCAGGCAGCGGCAUCGGGCGCAGCACGUGCCUGGCCAUGGCGCGCGAGGGGGCGCUCCUGGCGCUGGCCGACAUCAACGAGGCCGCCGUCGCGGAGACGCUGUCCCUUCUGGCCGAGGCUGACGACGCCCGCCGCCACCUGACGCUGCGCCUGGACGUGACGGACGAGGCCGCGGUGGAGGACGCGGUGCGCGCCGUGCAGGACUUCUUCGGCAGGCCAGCCGACGUGAUCGUCAACAGUGCGGGCAUCAUGGGGCCCGUGACUGCCCUGCUGGACCUGGACGUCAAGGAGCUGCGUGCCGCCUACAGGAUCAACGUGGAGGGCACGUUCCUGGUGAUGCGGUCCUUCGUGCGCGCACUGAAGGAGGCGGGGCGGCCUGGUGCCGUCGUCAACAUCAGCAGCGUGGGCCGACUGACUUGCUUCCCGAAGCGCGGCCACUACGCCGCCACCAAGGGGGCCGUGAGCGUGCUCAGCCAGACCGCCUCCAGGGAGUGGGCACCGCUGGGCAUCCGCUGCAACUCGGUGCUGCCCGGUAUGGUGGACACCCCCAUGACCCAGGGGGGCGCACCACCCGGCGUCCGCGAGCAAAUGUGCAAGAGCAUGACCUCACUGGGUCGGAUGGCACAGCCGGAGGAGAUCGCCGAGGUGGUCGUCUUCUUGGCAUCCGACCGCAGCAGCUACAUGACCGGCGCGGAGGUGCCUGUUUCCGGCGGCAUCUUCGGGGCGGUGUGAGAGUGAGGGUCGCAUGGAGCAUCGGACCACCUCGGGCUGGGACGCACAACCUACCUAUCUGGCAGCGGACAAAUUCGUUCUCUAACUAAUAAUUAUUAUUUAGAUUUGUUUCCUUUCAUUUGCAUUUGUGACACCAAAGAUUAUUGAAUACACCUCACUUCUUUCCCCCAAAA